AAGUAUUUCUGUCGUGUUCAUCUAAUCUCUUUGUAUUAAAAAAAAGGUGUGUUCCCUGAGGCGAAGACACUUCAGAUUAAUUGAUGACGUUAAUGCGAGAGAAAAGAAACAGAAGGAACAGUGAAAUUAUCUGCCCCCAGCAGGCAGCGGAAUCAAUUUCCCGCCAAAUCAUCGCGGGUUGCUUUGCAGACGAUCGCUAUGUGUUAACCCUAUUUGCUGUCAUCGGGGAUUUGGCGCGGCGGAAGACGCGAAAAACGAGUUAGCAGGGGUUCAGAAUGGAGAUACAUUAUUAUGAAUAAGCUCAAACUGUUGAUCCACUUCACACCCUGUAUGCCGACAAAGUGAGCUUUGGUGUUGUUCACGGAUCAUUGACCCAUGUAUUGUCGGUGACAUUUACAUGCAUUUUGUGAGAUUUAUAUGAAUGAAAGAUGCUGUGAUGAUUCACCUAACUUCCAUCAGGAAUAAAUUCCCGUGAUCCUACUCAUCUUGUGCUACCGGGUAUCAUUCCACGUCUUAGCAUUUGAACUGAUAUGAUAAUCCCGCUCAAUUCAGUGAGUAUAAUUUUGGAAUGUUGUGACGACGGAUAGAGCUAAGGAUCACCGAACUCUGACGUCAAUCUCAUACUUACCUCGAUAACUUUAUUAGAACAUUCAAACAAAUGAAUGUUGAUUAUUUUGAUGUCAAUUUCAGAAGACUGGGAUUAUAUGGAACGCAGAGCAUAUAUAUUUCCGUGCGAAUGUAGCAGCUUGAACCUGCUGCUUCUCAUACCUUAAUUGCUCAAUGGAAAUGAAAUCGCACUUUUUCAACUAAGCGCACACCACACCAAUUUCGCAGUUAUCGUCGUUAGAAUGACGCGACGCGUCCUAGUUUCGUCUUGAUCAAAAGCCACUCAAUCUUGAAGACAUCCCGGUAUCAUUCAACUAUUUGAAUGUAGUACCUCUAAUUGGAAAUGAAAAACGGAAAUAGUACAAAUUGUGUGAGUGAUCAUAUUUGAAGAAAUAUACAGAACGGAAGAGUUGUGCCUCGUACUGUCGAUAAACAAAACGAAGUUUGAAAGAUAUAUCUAUAUUGAUUCAAACGUGCCAAGACUUUGCCAUACUUUAAAGCUUGGAUACUGUUGUGGAUUGAUACACCGAAUGCGCUUUUUGAUUUACAAUUGACUGAAUUAACUUAUAUCGUGAGGUUUUCAGCUCGCAUGACCUAGUUUUUAAAUAAGCAAUCUUUGCUAUUCGCAAGAAUAAUAAUUUCUGAUUACCUUGGGUGUGUGCCCUACCUUUGACAACAGUUCUUACAGAAUAUUUUACAAUAUGGGGGAAGAGGUGCGCUCGGGGUGCGUUGAUGUCUUCGUAAAGGUCUUGUGUCUCAUUGUUCUCGUGACACAAAAUGCUCUGAUAGACUAUUAUUUGAUCCGUUUUGGAAACGGGACUGGCUUCCGUCGGGGUUAUAUCUGGAUCAUCUGCGACAGUCUAGUCCUGAUCUUCUGGACCGUUGCCUUUGUGAUGGUCCGGAUCCGUGCCAGGCAACCCUAUCCGGAAAUCCCGAAAAAGGAGCGGCAUUUACCUCAAGAACUUCCCUUCGCUUACUGUUCAUGGCUGGUCUACUCUGGGGUGCUCAUCGCAAAGUUGGUCAAGAUCUACAAUAGCAAAGACCACCCACAGAUCUUCUGGUGGUUGUCGUCAUCCGACAUGCUGACGAUUGCCGUAUCAAUGGCGGGUCUCAUCUUCAUGCUCCUUGCCUACAGUCAUCAUGAGGAUGUCGACAAUGCAAGAUACCGUCUUCAGAUACAAAAGUUAGGCACCGUCGUCGGUCUGGCCAUUUUAGACACCACUGACCUCCUUGAUAUGCUGCAUGAAAUCGAGUCAAACGCAACACUUCCGUUCCAUCUCAGGGCUGCCAUCUUGGCAUUUGGGUGCAUCUGCAUCGUACUUCCGGUCUUUCCGCUCUUCGCACUUCGUCUCAUCGCUGCCAAACGUAGCGCGCACAAGCGCAACUCGGAAUCAUGGGAACAAGUCUUCUUCCUAAAGAACGUCCUGUUCAUGCUCCUCGUCGAUGUCCCGUACUUUGCGCUUCGAUGUCAUCUUUGGCUUGACUACGGCAUGUCGGCAUCGGUCUUUCUCACCAAGAACCUUAUCAUGUUCUUAAGAGGGACUUUUGAUCUUCUGCAGGAAGUCAAACUAUGUACGCGAGACAAAAAGAAAAAUCGGCCUUUAUUAGAACUUGGAUUGGUCGUUAGGUUCAACAAGUGAAAUAUGGUAUCAUAAUCAUCGUAGACAAACCAUGCCACAUUUCAUUUGUACUUUGAUAACCAUGAUAACCUUUUUGCGUAUUUGAUUCAGAUGGUUUCCUAGAUGAUUUAAGAGACAGAACUCUAUUGUGCAUCUGACAAAAUCAUCGCAGAGCGAAGUUUUCCUUGCUAUUCGAAUUCAAUAUGAAUGAAGAGUAAUUGUUACAUAAGAAAAUGUAAACAAAUGGGAAAAGGAUGAAUCUGGUCUGAUUGUCUGAUUUCUUGCUGAAAAGAUAGACGAAUAGAUGAAUUCGUAAAAUAUAUCUUUGGCUUACAUACAACACGACCAACGAUUGAGUCUUGUAUUUUCAAUAUUUGGUAUAUUAGAUUACAGGCAUUAACAAAAAUCACUGGUCGCGUAUUGAAGACAACAAUUCUAAAUUUGACGUAUGGAUUCCAUUCCCUUCUCCCAAAAAUGUGUCUCGAUCAAGAAAGAAGACAACGAAAGAAAGGAAAGAAAAAGGGCUGAAACAUUAUAUAUCUUUCUGAAUAUUACGUUAAAAUUUAUCCCAAAUUAUAAUAUUAUUGUUUUAAAGAUUAACAUUUUCGCUCCCCCGCGACUUGUUAGAAUGUUGUCUCCAUACGCUGGUCAUGUUCGCCGUCCUCAAAAUAUUUGACACAAUGUCAUUAGUACACAUCACGCACCUGUAUACAUCUGUCUGUAUAAUGGCUAACUUUCUACAGUAACGUUCCUUCAGAUAUGCGUUAAAGCAAACCUGGUUUUAGUCGUACUCUUUUAAAGUAUUUUGAAAUAUACUUUGGGAAUGUCAUUAUAUAAAAAUAAAUCUCUAAAUAUUAGUACUGCUGUACACUGGCGAAUCCAGGGAGGGCGGCCCGUGCCCCACCCCCUUUGGGAGGCACAAUUGAAAUUUGUAAUGUAAAAUGUCGUUAAAAAUAAAUGUGCCCCCCCCCU